AUGACAAUGGAUCAAGCAAAAGUCAGUAUUCCCGUUGAACUCCACCUAGGACCAUACCCGGGUCACGGCUUCAUCUUCAAGGCGCAAGGCACAACCAGAAGGAUCGCGCAGCUCAGUCACCACCUGACAACGUUUAUCCUUCGUCGGAACCAGCAAGCCGUCCACCCUAACGCACGGCAAUCGAAUUCGCGAGAACCAAGACGGAAUGGACCCUAUCCAAGCCCGCAACACCUUCUCUACCUCUACCUUGACUGCCCUCCCCCUUGUCCGAGACGCCGAAACCCCUUCUGCACGUCAUUUGCUUUUUUAAUGUUUAUUGUGAUGACGAUGCCACCGACCAAAAAGAGAGGCGCAAUGUGGGACAAGACGAGAAACGGUCAUCUAUCCAACCAGUGAACCACCAGGAUCUAUUUCUUCAGAUCCGGCACUUCUCGAAUGGUUGACACAGUGUGUAGGGGAGGUCGCGUUAUCAGCGAAGGAGAUGCAGG